CUUCUGGAGUACUGACCAAACGCCUGGCAGCAGCUUGUCGCAGGGAGAUUGCCAUGUUCUUUGCAGCAGCAGGUCGAGUGACAGUUUCCUUAUACACUUUCGACAAGGCUAAGCAGUGUAUCGGCACGAUGACAAUCGAGAUCGAUUUCCUGCAGAAGAAGAACAUUGACUCCAACCCCUACGACACAGACAAGAUGGCAGCUGAGUUCAUCCAGCAGUUCAACAGCCAAGCCUUCACCGUAGGCCAGCAGCUUGUGUUCAGUUUUAAUGACAAACUUUUUGGCCUAUUAGUGAAGGACAUGGAAGCUAUGGACCCCAGCAUCCUCAAAGGCGAGUCUGGAGCAAGCAAGAAGCAGAAGAUUGAGGUUGGUUUGGUUCUUGGAAACAGUCAAGUUGCCUUUGAAAAAGCUGAGAACUCCUCCCUCAAUCUGAUCG